GUUCGGUGAGACACGUCAUGAGGAGGGCAGGUAGUGCGCAUGCGCGUUCUGGAGGUUUCCUCACGUGGAGAACUGCAGGGAGGCUCAGAUCCAGGCUCUCUGGCUGCGGUGCUGCUUCAGACAGGCUCUCAGACUGCGCUCCCAUCCAAUAAUGGCCUUCAGGAAGUUCCUCCCUCUGUUCGACCGGGUGCUGGUGGAGCGCCUCACGGCAGAGACGGUAACCAAGGGAGGCAUCAUGCUGCCAGAGAAGUCUCAGGGCAAAGUGCUGCAGGCCACGGUGGUGGCAGUCGGCCCAGGCUCAGUUAACCAGGAUUUCUACAACUGGCCUGAUGAAUCCUUUGAGGAGAUGGACAGCACGCUGGCUGUUCAGCAGUACAUCCAGCAGAACAUCAGGUCAGAUUGCUCCAACAUUGAUAAAAUCCUGGAGCCUCCUGAGGGUCAGGAUGAAGGCGUCUGGAAGUAUGAGCACCUCAGGCAGUUCUGUCUGGAGCUCAAUGGACUUGCUGUUAAGCUGCAGAGCGAGUGCCAUCCUGACACCUGCACUCAGAUGACAGCCACAGAGCAGUGGAUCUUCCUAUGCGCCGCCCACAAGACGCCCAAAGAGUGCCCCGCCAUUGAUUACACCAGGCACACGCUGGACGGAGCUGCCUGCCUUCUCAAUAGCAACAAAUAUUUCCCCAGCAGGGUGAGCAUUAAGGAGUCGUCAGUGGCCAAGCUGGGCUCCGUCUGUCGCCGCAUCUAUAGGAUAUUUUCUCAUGCCUACUUCCAUCAUCGCCAGAUAUUUGACAAGUAUGAGAACGAGACGUUCCUGUGUCACCGGUUCACGCGCUUCGUGAUGAAGUACAACCUGAUGUCCAAGGACAACCUGAUAGUUCCCAUCCUGGAGGAGGAAGUCCAAAACACCUCAUCGGCUGGCGAGAGCGAGGCCUAACGGCGGCGGCCGGAGGGGAGGCGCGCGUACGCUCACCAUAUCUAUACAGUACCGAGGAGACGCACUCAUUCUGCAUAAAUAUCUAUGAAUAUAUGUAUAGACACACUACAGUGUAUUGAGACUCCUCGUCUGCAGACACUGUCCUCGUCCCCGCCCCCCCCCAGCGUCUGUCUGAAGGGAAGUUAAGCUACCAGGAGCAGGCUAGCAUCCAUAUUAUCGGUUUAUGUUCCGCUUUUCACGUUUCUGACCCGCUUUGUCCGCCUGGUUCAAACCCCGCCCCCCCCGAUCAGGUCCCAGAUUUUAGCCGUUAGCUUCUCCAGCCGGCUGGUUACACAGAAACCCGGCUGGCUCCACUGACCUGCUCCUCGCUCCGGACAUGGUGGCUUUUUCCUUUUUUAAGCAGUUGGAUUCGCCUCAGUUUAUAAGUGACUUGCAUUAAUUCCCCCCCCCCUCUGUAUAUACAGUCCAGUUCUCUUCCUGCUUCUCUUGUGUUGCUGGGCUUUCUGCUUUGGGUCGGGGUCGCUCUGUGAAUGGGAGGGGUUCGUUUUCCUGCUCUGAAACAAACGUAGAUGUGAUGCUUGUGUGGUAGUGAGCGAACCUUCACCUUGUAGCUCCGUCUGUGAACUAGCAGUGAGAUGUUCUUUAGAACGGCUUCUUAUCGGACCCCCCACCCCCCCCCGCCCUCGAAUCGUGCGCCGCUGCAGGAGCAGCCCGUUUUUAAACGGGGGUCAUCAUGAGCGCCGUGCUGAAGGAGGAGCAUCGGCAGCAUGAGGCGUCAGAGCACAACCCACUUCCUGCCUUCUUUAACCCUCUUCCUCGUUAAAUUAUUGUGUGUGUGGGGUGGGGGGGGGGUUUCCUUGGUCCAACCCACUGUUUGUUUUUUAAAUGGACUAAAAAUUUUGUUACUGUUGACAUUUUCAUGAUGUCUGUUAAUAAAAAAUGAGCUAUUAUUCAUACGGUCGUGUGGCUUUUCACUGACGCACCAACAGAUUCUGCAAACAACCAGAAAACUUGUUAGCAUCUUAGUUUUAUUGCUGUUUAUCAGACAUGAUAAACGCAGACGCCUCAUUGGAUGCUGGCCCACACGCCUAGAGGGCAGCCAUCUUGAAUCAGACCACUGCUGUCAGGAUGAAUAUUAAUCACAUGGAAGACGAGUCGGAGAUAAUAUUAC